CUCGCGCGGUUUUUUCCACAGCUGAAGACGCGAGUAAACGGGUGGUUAACGUACUCGGGUGGUGAAUUUUCGUACAAAAUUACAUUAAAAUAACCCAAAUAGGGGGAAGAGUCCUCGGAAUUUCGACCCAAAAAAAUAGUAAAACCCAGAGUAUUAAUUAUCGACGUAAAAAUAAAUCAGUGAAAUUUCGACACGACAGACUGUUAAAUCAGUUGAGUGAGGGCGAACGAUUGAUCGUUGAUAUUAUAACAUUAACGUUGCUCCGAGGGUUUGAGAUACGAUAAUGGCAGUGUGUUGACAUUAACUUAAGCAAGAGAAUUGUAUUUAAUUAAUGGUAAAGGGGUUUGUGGUAAAAAAUGGCUAAUAUUGCUGCUCAGAGAAUACAAAGGGAGUUCAAAGAGGUUAUAAAGAGCGAAGAGGUAGCUAAAUGUGCGAUAAGAGUCGAACUUGUUAAUAACAGUUUUACGGAGCUCAAGGGGGAAAUUGCUGGACCACCUGAUACACCUUAUGAGGGGGGGAACUUCGUGUUGGAGAUUAAAGUGCCAGAAACUUACCCAUUCAAUCCUCCCAAGGUACGUUUUAUCACGAAGAUAUGGCACCCCAAUAUAUCCUCAGUGACAGGAGCCAUUUGUCUAGAUAUCCUGAAAGAUCAAUGGGCAGCAGCCAUGACCCUACGUACAGUCCUGCUGUCUCUGCAAGCCUUAUUAUCAGCAGCAGAGCCAGAUGAUCCCCAAGAUGCUGUGGUAGCUAGACAAUUCAAGGAAAAUCCAGACAUGUUUCGUCAAACUGCUAGACAUUGGACGUCUGUCUACGCAGGAGGACCAGCAAAGAUGCCAGAGUUGACGGAUAAGAUAAGGCGACUAACGGACAUGGGAAUUGAGGAGCACAAUGCACGAGUAGCUUUAUCCUCAUUCAACUGGGACUUGGAACGUGCCACCGAACAACUCUUCAGUUAGUGAUAGUCAAAAGAAAUGAAAUCCUGAAGCCACCCUCAUCAACUCCACUCCCCCAUUAUUUAGAGUUAAAAAUCAUCAGUAAUUAAUAAAAUGACGCAGACGCGUCUCUCGUCCACCGAAAAAAUUUAAGCUUAAAGACAAUAUUAUCAAUUAAUGAAAUUAAAUGGGCAAGUCACUGGAUUAAAUUAAAUUGAACUCCUUCGAAGUAUGGAGAACCACCGAAAUCGACAGUAAAUCAUUUUUUCUUGUAUAAUAGGCCUGAAUCCUGGUAAAUUAACAGUGUACGAUAAUUGCUGGAAAAACAAAAAAUCUAAUGCCGAUAUUAUUCUUUGGUAUCGAAAUUUCUUCAUUUACUCUACUUUGCAGAACAAAUUGUGUGUAUAUUUGAUGAAAAAAAAACAUCGUGAUUCUUUUAGUGCUAGAUACGAACAUGUAAAAACUAUUAUCGCAGUUUACGAACUUUUAAAUAUAAAGAGAAGAAAUGAUUUGUAUAUUUUUUUGUGUUCGCUUGGUGCUCGUAGGGAGAUUGAUACAUACAUUUUGUUGGUGUUUGAUCAGAGGAUUCCAUCCAUAUUUUCAGAUUACUCAGAUCAAAUUUGUUAUAGAUUUCUUCAAUUGAGUAGCGAAACAGUGAAACAGUUCAAGUCAAUUUCGACUUUUUAAUGAAUAUCUCGGAGUCUAAGGCAGAUAGCAAAGGACAGAGCGCGUUGAGAGCCACAAAAAUUUAGCUAUCACCCUUAGACUCUGAGAUAUUCCUCGAAAACUCAGCUAAGAGCUAAGUUGACUUAAAUUGCUUUACCACUUCGCUACUGAGUUUUUUUCUGACAUCAUAUGGUAGUUGAUUCAGGCGUGAUUUAUCAAGAGAAUUAUUUGAUGCAAAUAAACAUGAAAUUACUUGAUAAAUAAUUCUUCGCAAACUGAACAUCAUGAGGAGUAAUCGGGGGGAUUUCAUGCAUGCCUUUGGAUCGAAUCUCGGAAGAGAUUUGUUGUAGAUUACUGCAACCUUUGUUCUGAUAUUGUACAGUGGUUGAUUGCAAAAUGAUUUUUAAUCAAUUGUCCGCUGAAAAUAAACGUUAGACUGCUAAAUACAUAGUUCUCUAUAAAUUAAAGAACAUCGGGAGUGACUAUCUGUUUUCCAAAGAGAAGAAUUAGAAUUGAAAUAAAAUAAAAGUGAAUGAGAGAGUUGAAAUGAG